AGUAUUGGUUUUAUUCAGGUUUUUAGGGAAAUUUAUUCCACCUCUAUAAAACUGUAAGUAUACAUUUUUGGGGGUGGGUCCAUAUCCAGAAUUGCUUAGUGCGAGAUUCUAUAUCUAUGUGCCAAAUUUCAAAAAUGUUCCACAAAUUUGAACGAUGCUGCACCAUUUUCUUCAACUAUGUGUUGUACAAUUGCGAUGGCGUGAUCUUCCAAGAGAAGACGGCUGUGUUCUCUAAUGAGGAAAGGAGCAACUCCGCCCGUGCUUAUCAAGAAACCCGGAUCACUCUACAUGAAAAAGAUGCCUGAAACAAGUUCACCGGCGGAAUCAUCAAAUUCUGAUUCUGUGACUAGUACACUUUCCGCUGGCAGUCCAGUGACAGCACCAUCAAGUACAACGCCUCCUUCGCCAAAUACAAGGCCCCCCUCGCCAAGUACAACGGCUACCUUGCCUAGUGCAACCAACUCCACGCAGUCAUCCACCACAACUUUCUCUUGUGAUUCAAGGUACAGAAAACCACACCAGACGCAUAUCUGGUGGAGGAGUGGGGGAGGGUGCGUGCCUGGAGGGGUGGACAGGGCGUGUGCCUAG